ACCAAAAAAUAAGUAAUGUUUUUAACCAGAAGGGAGUGUAGGUAAGUAGUAAUGUUGACCCACUGCCAUUUGUGAGGGGCCCGUGUUUGUUUGGUUGGGUUUGCGAUCGGUGGGAAGAUUUUGCAUUUGCCCCUCUUACUUGGCCUUUCUUCUCAUCAAGAUUCAAAACACACAAACCCACGUACUGCAAUUUUGAUUCAGUCUCUCGUCAGUCGUCAGUCUCAGAUUCACCACCACCGGCGCCACCACAUUCUUCCCCUAUCAGUCCAACUCCAAUAUCACCCUAGCAACCAGCUUUCAUGCCAAUUUGCAUCUCUAUUGAUCUUUAUUAGAUUGCAUUCGUAGUUCCAUCAAGUUUACUACUUUGUUGUGUGUACAGAGAGAAUAACAAUUAGGGAAAUGGUUGCAUCGGCAUCGGCAUCGGUAUCUUCGCUGGUCUGUACAUGGUUAGUAGCGACAUGCAUGUCAGCCCCCUGCCAAAAUCACCAACAGCACUCGUCCAUUUUCUCUUCAAAACAAGGAUUCAACGGCAGAUGUGCUCGGAGAAGAAGGCUUUUAUCUAAAUGCAACGCUAACAGAAACCAAAACCCCUCUUUUCCCAGUCUACGAGUAUCUAACAUUACCAAUAACAAUAGUAUCACCACCGAGGGUUUCAUGUCCUCUUCUUUCUCUACAUGCCAUCGUUGCGAUUACUCCAAUGGAUUCUCACUUUCCUCUUCUCACUCUUUUGGGACUGAUUCCGUUCCCGGAUCGAGAAUCGCGCCCCUCUGCCGCAGGCAGCGUCGUCGUCGUCUUUCUCCUCCCCUGCGUUCCGGUGAAACUAUGGCUAUAGCUCUGCAACCUUCAAUGGAGACCACGACCAAAAAAAAGCUUCCAACACAACAAAGGCGAGUUGUUGUGACAGGGAUGGGUGUGGAGACCUCAAUUGGUCAUACCCCAGAUGAAUUUUAUAACAAUCUGUUAGAAGGUGUGAGUGGUAUUAGUGAAAUCGAAGCUUUUGAUUGCUCCAACUAUCCUACUAGAAUCGCUGGAGAGAUCAAAACUUUCUCUACAGAUGGAUGGGUGGCACCCAAACUCGCGAAAAGAAUGGACAGGUUUAUGCUCUACAUGCUUACUUCUGGAAAGAAAGCACUUGCAGAUGGUGGGAUUACAGAAGCUUUGAUGAAAGAGAUUGAUAAAACCAGAUGUGGAGUUUUGAUAGGUUCUGCUAUGGGUGGCAUGAAGGUAUUCAAUGAUGGAAUUGAAGCUUUGAGGGUGUCAUAUAGGAAGAUGAAUCCCUUUUGUGUACCUUUUGCCACUACUAAUAUGGGCUCUGCAAUGCUAGCCAUGGAUUUGGGAUGGAUGGGUCCAAACUACUCAAUCUCAACAGCUUGUGCCACAAGCAACUUCUGUAUCUUGAAUGCUGCAAAUCACAUCAUUAGAGGUGAAGCUGAUAUGAUGCUUUGUGGUGGAUCUGAUGCUGUGAUUAUACCCAUAGGAUUGGGAGGUUUUGUUGCAUGUAGAGCUUUAUCAGAAAGAAACAAUGAUCCUGCUAAAGCUUCAAGACCAUGGGAUAUGGGUCGUGAUGGAUUUGUUAUGGGAGAAGGUGCUGGAGUUUUGCUAUUGGAAGAACUUGAGCAUGCUAAGAAAAGAGGCGCGACAAUUUAUGCAGAAUUUCUUGGUGGAAGCUUCACCUGUGAUGCAUAUCAUAUGACAGAGCCUCACCCGAAAGGAACUGGUCUUAUUUUAUGUAUGGAGAAAGCGUUAUCUCAGUCUGGGGUAACCAGGGAAGAUGUGAACUACAUAAACGCACAUGCCACGUCAACGCCAGCUGGCGACCUUAAGGAAUACGAUGCUCUUCUUCAUUGUUUUGGGAAUAAUCAAGAGUUGCGAGUCAACUCAACAAAAUCCAUGAUUGGUCAUCUUCUAGGAGCAGCUGGCGCUGUUGAAGCUGUAGCAACUGUACAGGCAAUACGAACAGGUUGGGUUCAUCCGAACAUGAAUCUUGAAAAUCCAGAGAAAGGGGUGGACACAAAGGUGCUGGUGGGCCCGAAGAAAGAAAGGAUGGAUAUAAAGGUGGCUUUGUCUAAUUCAUUUGGAUUUGGUGGACAUAAUUCAUCGAUACUAUUUGCACCUUUCAAGUAAUUUGGUGCAUUUGUGUGGCUGUAAACAACAUGGAAUGGGAAUGGAAUGUAAGGUUGCAACCAAAAUAAGCAUAAUUAAUUACAACAUCUUAAAUUAUAAUUACAACAAGAUUUCACCACUUUUAUGUGCGAACAUGUUUGUAUAUAUAUAUAUGAUUUGGUGAUCUUGAAUUGAUCAAGUAAGUAACAAUUGGGGGAGGAUGAAGUUGUAAUA